UGAACCGCUGAUCCAUUUGACCGGCUGAGGUUGAAGCAUCCUUGCUGAGCUGCCUCGGUUCUGCUGUCUCUGUUCAGCAUCGAAGGGGGAAAAAAAGAUUUCAGGGGAUACAGACAGAUCUGCAGAGACGCCAGCCUGUCUGUCUGCACCUGCACAUUCCAAGAGGGAGAAUGGAGCUGGUAAAAAUUGCUGUGUCCGUCCAACUCCUGCUGUGUCCUGCAUGGGGCCUUUUCCAUCACUCGUACAUGGACAGCUUCCUCUCGGCCCGCUCAGGGGUGCAGAGGGGCACACUGCCAGUGAUGUAUGUCCCAGAUGAGCUGUCGAGGUUUGACCCAUGUUGUCUCACGGCGCCUCCUCCACCACCACUCUUCCCUCCCCCACCUAAACUUUGGAAACGGGGCAGUCCUGACAUUAUAAGCCUGUUAGAACCAAGCAUUGAAGGAGAAGAGGUCCAGAAAAAAGAAAAGGAUGUGUCACAUGGUUGUCCACCAGGACCACCAGGUCCUCCAGGACCACACGGACCUGAGGGUCAAACUGGAUUACCUGGCAUAAGAGGGCCAAAAGGGGAGAUGGGAGAAAUUGGACGUCCAGGAACAAAGGGUCGUACUGGAGCUCCAGGCCUUCCAGGAAAGCAAGGACUUCCAGGACUGCCUGGUCCAGAGGGUCCUAAAGGUGAGAAGGGGGACCCUGGACUUAUGGGUUUACCAGGACUGCGAGGUCCACCAGGGAUGAAGGGUUUACAGGGUUACAAAGGUGACAAGGGGGCCCGCGGAGACACUGGCUUCACAGGACCAAAAGGAGAGAAGGGUUCCAUUGGUUUGCCAGGGAUGUUUGGACAGAAGGGUGAGAUGGGACCUAAAGGAGCGCAAGGUUCUCCAGGCAGGAGAGGACCAACGGGGCGUCCGGGAAAACGUGGGAAACAAGGCAUGAAGGGCCAUACUGGAGCCCCAGGACUCAUGGGACCCCCAGGACCUUCAGGUCCCAUUGGGCAUCCAGGACCACCUGGACCUCCUGCUUCAGGUGUCUUCCUCGUGGGUGAGAAGGGGGAGAAGGGCCUUCCAGGUCCACCAGGCCUUUGUGACUGUGGUGGUGCUGUUAGACCACAUAAUGCCCCUUUUGGCAGCUACACUCAGCGUGACUCUAAUAAAGUCACCACUAUAUUUGUGCUGAGCAGUGAGGAAGAGAUGAACCGUCUACAUCAAGACAAUGCAAUAGCAUUAAGGAAAGAUCAAGGGAUACUGUAUUUUAAAGACAAAGAUGGAUGGAAUCCAUUGCAGCCUUUUCAGCCCUUCCAGUCUACUGAAACAAUCCCAGAAAGAGUGGGUGCUUGUGGAGAUGGAAAGGUACAGGCCCAGCAUGGAGAGGAGUGUGACGAUGGAAACCAAAUUCCCACAGACUCAUGUCUCAACUGCAAGUGGGCCUACUGCGGUGAUGGUUACCGACACGAGGGUAUGGAAGAGUGCGACGGAAAGGACUUUGGUUAUCUAUCCUGUAAAUCUUAUCUUCCUGGAUCAUUUGGACAACUGAGAUGUUCUGACUCAUGUGUCAUUGAUUCAACUGGCUGCAAGUACUUCACCUGAAGUGAAAUGACACAAAGGUGGCUGCGUUGGAUCGUUUUUGCAUUACGCUACUCUGAUCGUGGGGGAUAAUCUUCAGAUUUCUUCUGUAUUUCUCCACCUUUGAUGACCUGCUUGGAGCCAUGCAUCAGUCACAGGGGUCAGUUUUAAAAUCAGCUUGGGUUUAAUCUUCAACUGUCACACCACUGGCUUCAGCACUGUUACAGACUGUGGAGACAGAGCAAAUGAAUAAACCAGUUAAUGAUUGUAUCAUGAAAAAGUUACAAUGCUUAUGACUUGAUGACUGUUAAUGCAGAAAUAAGCUAUGUCUUCUUGAAUGCAAGACACAAAAAACUACACAUUAUACUGUAUAGAUCUAAGUACUGUUGUAUGCACAUCAGGGAUGUAUGAAUGUAUUUAGUCCUGUGCAAUGUCUUACAAAACAUAAUUGUCAAGUGCAAUGUUGUGAUAUUGCACGUAAAGAUGUUUCAGUGACCUGAGUCUUAUUAUCAGAUGAGUUGAAGUAAAUUUAUGAACACCUCGAUGGUUUGGUGCAAAUAAUUUAGUGAAAAGAACGCAUGUAUUUUAGAAAAAAACAUUUUUAUCAUUGUACAAACAGCAUGCACUAAAUAUGUUGUUGCAUGACAGUUAAUUUAAUAAAGCUGAUAUAAAGAACCAGUCUGAUGAAAAUC